AUGGGCUCGCACGAAAACCUCACGCACAGCUGGCUGCGCCAGAACAUCCAGCCCUACACACACACAGACACCGUCUUCCACCACGUCGACGCCGCCCUCACCCGCUAUCCGACCAUCCGACCAAAGACAGACGUCUACACCUUUGACGACGGCCGCACCCAGCUCCUGCUCUGUCUGCACGGUCUCCUCCCGAUAACAUUCCGCGCCGCGUCGUACAACAUCCCAGUCGCAGUAUGGCUCACCAGGGAGUACCCCCAGCAACCCCCUAUCGCAUACGUCGUCCCCACGAGUGACAUGCUUGUUCGCCCCGGUCCUGACAUGGACGUCAGCGGAAGGUGCCAAGUCCAGUACCUGCGCAACUGGGAGAGGAAGCCCGAGGGGUGCAGUGUCGUCGCUCUCUUCGAAGCAAUGCAAGACAGUUUUUCGUGCCUUCCUCCGGUGUAUUCCAGGCCUGCGCGCGCGGCGACCCAACCCGCCACAUCGCCCCGCCCGACGGCAAGUAGCACGCAGACUGAUGCGCCGCCUCCUGCGCUACCCCCGCCCUUCGUCUCUCCCCAGCCAAUAGCAAGCUACGUGCCUCACUACCACAGGCCACCCGCCGCGCCCAGUCCUCCGUCUGUCCCCGCGCCUGCCCCCCCGCCCGCUCCGCACAUCCCACCGCCCGACCUGCUCGACUCGGAGGACUUCUCCGCCGCGCAGGCCGUGGCGACCCCGCCGCCGUCCGCGCCCGCGCCGCCGCGCCCGCCGAACCCGGAGCUGCUCCGCCUGCACGAGCAGGUGCACGCGAAGCUGCAGUCCGAGCUCGCGUCGCUCCAGCAGGCGAUGGCGCUCGACGCGGAGCGCCUGCGCGCGCACCAGGCGGACCUCCUCGCGGGCGAGCCCGCCAUCCGCGACGAGAUGGCGCGCCUCGAGGCCGUGCGCGACGUGUGCAGGACCGUCGCGGAGCGCAUGCGCGGCGUCGUGGACGCGGGCGCGAGGAACGUGGCGGAGCUGAGGCGGAAGGGCGAUCCGGAGGUUGACGAGCUCGUGUGCUCGACGACGAUCGUGCAUAAUCAGUUAAUCAACCUUGUGGCGGAAGAUAAUGCCAUUGAGGACACCAUCUACCAUCUUCAUCGCGCGCUCAACUCGGGCCGAAUGGACCUGGAGAAAUUUAUCAGGACGAGCCGAGCACUAGCUGAGGAGCAGUUCAUGAAGCGCGCUCUCAUCGAGAAGAUCCAGGCCGGCCUGCCCCCAGGAGACUCCGACAUGAGGUGGACAAUGCCAGCGGAGUGGAGAUAG